UGAGAUCAAACACUCACUGCGAUGUUUUCCCCUCCCAGCCCGCAGCAGCAGCAGCAGGCCAUGAUUCCCGAUGUCUGAGGGCAGCAGGGGUGGCUCGCUGGCCUUUGGCCAGGUGGUCAUCGGCCCCCCGGGCUCCGGGAAGACAACCUACUGCCACGCCAUGCGGGAAUUCCUGAGCCGGCUCGGCCGCAGCGUGGCCGUGGUCAACCUGGACCCUGCCAACGAGAGCCUGCCCCGUCCCUGCACCCUGGACAUCGCUGAGCUGGUCACCCUGGCCGAUGUGAUGGCCAGCCUGGGGCUGGGGCCCAACGGGGGGCUCAUCUACUGCAUGGAGUACCUGGAGGCCAACGCCGACUGGCUGCAGGAGCGGCUGCAGGGGCUGCGUGGCCACUACGUCCUGUUCGACUGCCCGGGCCAGGUGGAGCUCUACACCCACCACAGCGCCCUCAAAAACGUCUUUGCACAGCUGGCCAAGUGGAACUUCAGGCUGGCUGCCGUGCACUUGGUGGAUUCCCACUACUGCACAGACCCUGGCAAGUUCAUCUCAGUGCUCUGCACCUCCCUGUCCACCAUGCUGCACGUGGAGCUGCCCCACAUCAACGUCCUGUCCAAGAUGGACCUGAUCGAGCAGUACGGCAAGCUGGCUUUCAACCUGGACUAUUACACCGAGGUCUUGGACCUCUCCUACCUCGUGGACCAUUUGGCCUCCGAUCCUUUCUUCAGGAAUUUCCGCCGUCUCAACGAGAAGCUGGUGGAGGUGAUCCAGGACUACAGCCUGGUGUCCUUCGUGCCACUCAACGUGCAGGACAAGCAGAGCAUGAGGCAGCUGAUGCAGGCUGUGGACAAAGCCAAUGGCUAUUCCUUCGGGGACCAGGAGCAGCGCAGCCUGGAAGCGCUGAUGUCAGCAGCUGUGGGGGCUGAUUUCCACUUCACUUCCACCCUGGCAGUGCAGGAGAAGUAUGUGCAAUCUCAGGACAAAGCCGUGGAAGAGGAGGUGAUGGAUCUGUGACACRCCCUUCCCCAGCUCCUCUGUUCUGACACCUCUCCUUUUCCUUUCUGCAGCUUCAGCUGUGACUCAGAGUAAAGGGAGAGUCACAGGCWCAGUGAUUCUUUCCAGGCAGAGUCUGGACCCGUCCCGGGGUGGGUUUGAUCCCCUGAGCUGCUCAGAACUGAUUUGGCAGAAGGGAGGGAUCUGAGGGUCUUCCCUUGGGAACAGAGAGAUCAACCCAGGGAAGACAGGGACAGCGAGGAAAAGAAGUGACAAAAAUCUCCUCCAUCGUGACCAAGACAGAUGUAGAGAAAUAAAAAUCAGAAUCAGUUGGGGCUGCC